AUGGCACCCCUCAAAGCAGGCGACAAAUUCCCCACGGACGUCAAGUUCCAGUACGUUCCCUGGGCGGAGGAAAACGAAAACAUCCAAGCAUGCGGAAUCCCCAUUCCCUACGACGCGUCCAAGGAGUGGGCGGAUAAGAAGGUUGUGUUGUUUUCUGUUCCUGGUGCCUUCACACCCACCUGCUCCGUGAACCACCUCCCCAGCUACAUCAAGAACCUCCCGCAACUGCGAGAAAAGGGCGUGAACAUUGUCGCUGUGACUGCGUCGAACGAUCCGUUCGUUAUGAGUGCGUGGGGCAAGGCCAACCGGGUCAAGGGCGAUGAUAUCCUCUUCCUCUCCGACCCCGACGCCAAAUUCUCCAACAGCAUUGGAUGGGCGAACAACGGUCGCACGGGCCGGUAUGCGAUUGUCAUUGACCAUGGCAAGGUCAAGUAUGCGGAGAUUGAGACGGAGAAGGGAGCUGUCAAGGUGUCUGGUGCCGAUGCCAUCCUGGCGAAUUUGUAG